AUGCCUGAGAACUUUGGCAAAAUGGAGAAGCACAACAUGGUGAGUGAGGAAAUUCUGUCUCCUGAUGGGGAGGAGCAGAGGGCAGUGACAUAUGAUGAUGUGCACAUCAACUUCACUAAGGAAGAGUGGGACUUACUGAAUCCUUCCCAGAAGAAUCUCUACAAAGAUGUGAUGCUGGAGACCUACAGGACCCUAACUACUAUAGGAUACAUUUGGGAAGACCUUAACACCGAAGAGCAUUGUCAAUGUUCUAGAAGACAUGCAAGGCAUAAAAGAACACAUACCGGAAAGAAACCCUAUGAAUGUAAUCAAUGUGGAGAGCACUCGGCCAUUGUUGGUGGAAGUGCAGGCAUGUGCAGCCACUUUGGAAAUUAG